AUGACUACCGCUCACAGACCCACCUUUGAUCCCGCACGAGGGAAAGAGGCCCUCCGCGGUCCAGCAUACCAUCAACGCCUCCUCCCAGCAUAUACUCACCUGAAAGUUCGUCAAUCUGGCCAGGGAACCGAGGGUGAAGCAGCGCGUCGCGACCUGCGCGCGGAGCUGCUCCAGGCAGAGGCCGCUCACUUUGCCAAGAAGAAUGGAGCUCCCGUUCCUGAAGCAUCUGCCGAAAGCACUCCCAAGCGUCAGCUUGAAGGCGCCCCUGCGAAUGGAGGAGAUGGAGAAUUAGAAGAAGACCCGGAAGCAAAGCGGCGGCGGAUAUUAGAGGAAACGAGAGAGAUAGAUGCAGAUUCGGAAGCGUCGGAAGAAGAUAGCAGCGAGGACGAGAGUGAUGACGAGGACGAGGCCGCCGAGCUCAUGCGAGAGCUUGAGAAAAUCAAAAAGGAACGCUUAGCUCAGAAAGAAAAAGAGGAACGCGAGCGCGCCGCCAAGGAGGAGGAACAACGGGAGGUGGACAUUGCGCGAGGCAAUCCGCUACUCAACCCUUCAGACUUUAACAUAAAGCGACGAUGGGAUGACGACGUCGUUUUUAAGAACCAAGCUCGCGGAACGGAGGACAAGAGGGGAAAGGAGUUUGUCAACGACCUGCUACGGUCUGACUUUCACAAGAAGUUUAUGUCGAAGUAUGUGCGAUAG